GCUUCCUUUACGAGAAGCUGAGGAAUUUGACCCAGUGGCCAUCACCCCGGGAGCAAGUACUCCCUCCGAGGACGGAUGGCCCUGUGUGGGGAGACACGGUGAGGCUGGGGCAGAUAUCCCAGACGGUUCAAGUCAGGGUUGUUGGAAGCAAUUUUCUCAGCAGUAGAAAGUGAUUUGCUCUCAGGAAGGGUCGUGGAACGGAGCUGGUGCCCUCUUGGCCUGAGACCUCCAGCUGGGGCAGCAGAAGCGAUGGGAUGGCUGAGAAGGCCUUAAGCCAACAGUGGCCUGGUCCUGUCCCUUUCCCAGCCUCUGCACCAAGCAGUCAUAGGAUACUGAAGGUUCCAUCCGAGGGAACGAGCCUCCCACGAGGACCGAGCUAACGAGGCCCCGAUGGGCAGCUCGGAGCUAGGGGGACCAGGUGCUUCUGUCAUCACGAUAACAUGGACAAUCCCCCCACCCCGGUGUUGGGGGACCUACAACCCGAUGGCUACAGACAAGAGGAGCAGUCAUCAGCACAGAUGGCUGCCCAGGCGCUCCUCUACCUGCUCAUCCUGGUCGUUGGCCUGCCUCUCAACGCCCUGGUGUUGGCGCUGGUCUCCAAGUCGCGGCCCCUGAGGAGUGUCACCAACAUGUUCGUGGUGUCUCUGGCACUGGCCGACCUGCUGCUCCUGCUGCUUGGCCCUCCCUUCGUCCUCGCCGCCAUCGUUGCCCAGGCGUGGCCACUGGGCGCAACAUUCUGCCAGAUCUCGGGCUUCCUCACCUUCUCCCUGAGGCUGGUUUCCAUCCUGUGCGUGGCAGGGAUUGCGGUGGACAGGUACUAUGUGAUUGCCAGGCCUUUUGUACUCACCAUCACCAGAGAGAAGGCAAAGAGGAUGAUCGCCUUCCUGUGGUGGGCCGGACUCCUCUGUGGAUUGCCACCAUUUUUCGGUGUAGGCCUCUACCGGUUUUCCCCUUCCAAGUGUUUGUGUGACUACAGUUGGCCGGACGGAGGUUCCAGCCUUGCUUAUGGUAUCUACCUUUUUACCUGGGUGUACCUGACCUCUGUGGUGGUAGUCACCACCUCCUAUUGCUUGAUCUACCGAAUUACACGGAUGCGCUUGUCGGCCAAGGCCCAGCGGAUUGCCAGCAGCCUGCCCUCUAGACAGGAAGGCAGCUUGGUCCUUACAGAGCCGAGGUCCCUCAGACUACUGCAGGCCAGCCUUCCGCGCAAGUGGGCCAGCCUCAUCUCCUCCAACUCGACCUUUAACUUGAGUGCCGGAAGCGCGUCAGAGGUGGCGAUGGAGUCCAGAACGGCGAAGACCAUUGUUGGGGUAGUGGCCACCUUUGUUCUCACCUGGCUGCCGUACUUCGCCUCCAGCCUUCACCGCCGAACUCCCUCCGGGAGCGGGUCUGCCAGGACGCUGGACUUCCUCGUGACCUGGCUGACCUUCACCAACUGUGUCCUGGACCCAGUUCUGUACGCUCUGCUGAACCGGCAGUUUCGACAUCGCGCCAGGGAGCGGUGGAGCCAGUGGUUCAGAGUCUCUGCCCCACGGGCAUCAGAGGAGGCCGCAGCACCGCCCGCUCAAGGUGUGAGCAGAACCAACAUGGAAGCCAGCACAGCCCCCUUCUCCAUUUCACGAGAGCUCCGGAAGUCCGUGUCAGCCACAUUCCUUGGGGAUUCACCACUCCGCAGACUCCCUCUGAAUCUCCGCUCCUCUUGCUUCCGGCAUGGAGCUUCUACUGGUCGGGAACGUCCCAGCAACACGGCCCAUGGGCCUAAGAAUGGGAACGAGCAACGGACAGCGACCUCGGCAACAGGCUGUGGCCCCGGCACAGUGACUGCGGCAAUAGCCUUUGCUCAGUGACCCCGGCGACAGUCAGUAAUCCCAGUGACAGACAUCAGUCUGUGUCCCGUCACCAUGGCAACGGGUGGCGAACCUGGCAACAGACAGGCAUUUCUUCCAGCGGUCAGUAGCCACUGGUCAGCACUCAGAGACUCCUCUGAACCGGACAGUCCCAGCAAUAUCCAGUGACCCACCGCCCAACCCCGACUCUACCCAGUACCGGUCCGUGUCCAGUGUCCUCCGUGACCCCGGGAGUGGACGGUGUCGGCUGGGGAGGAACAGGUGCAGCAUCCGGCCAGAAGUGAGGGAGGGAGGCAGACUGUGUCCGCAGUCUGGAUGCCGGACGCCCGCUGCAUUGUUUCCCAUGUGAUUAAAAUGCCUGUACACGAAUGGGAAGGGCAUAAUUCUGUUCCCAGUACAGAGCUCUGCGCACAGUAAAUUCAGCAAGGCGAAGAUCGUGUGCAAAGCCGGGCUGGGCGAACCUGUGCUCAUCGCUUUGAUAGCGGACCCUACCUCUUGACCCCGGACUGUCGAUUGGGAGAGUUCAGCGUAUCGUACUCGCUCUUAUUUCCCCGCGGGUACCGACUCCUCCCCCACCGGGGACGCACCGAGUCGGAACACUGUGUCCAGCCCAGCCGGGUCACGGGGCUGUCGCGUCCCCACUCCCCUUCACGCGGGUACUCGCUCGUGAUCGGGGUCUCCGCGCUCCCGGCAGCGCCGAAGCCGCUGGGAAUGAUUGCAAAAUCUGCUGAAAUAGCUCCCAUAUUGUACAACUACCAUUGUCACGCAGGACCGUGCACAGAAGCGCCUUUGAUUCCAAAGGGACUGUGUCAGGUCCUCAGGGCAGAGUGGGGAUGCGACCACUCAGGGAUCCGGGUCAGCCCCCUCCCUCGGGGACGGAAGUGGAAAAGUUCACACACACACACCCACCCCUAGAGGAACUCAGCAGGUCAGGCAACGUCUGUGGAGGGGAAUAAACAGUCGAUGUUUUGGGCCGAGACCCUCCAUUAGGACUGGAAAGGAAGGGGGCAAAAGCCAGAAUAAGAGGGUGAGGGGAGGGACAGGACUACAAGCUGGCAGGCGAUAGGUGAGUGGGUGCAGGAGGGGAGAUGCUGGGAGGGGAGGAGGUAAAGGGCUAAAGACAAAGGAACCUGAUGGGAGAGGACAGUGGACCAUGGGAGGAAGGUAAGGGAGAGGAGCACCAGAGGGAGGAGAAGAGAGAAAGGAUGAGUCAGUAACCAGAACGGGGAAUGGAAAGAGAGAAGGAUUGGGGGGUGGGUUUAGUCAGAGAGAUAAUGUUUAUGCCAUUGGGUUGGAGAUUAGCCAGACCAAGAAUGUGAGGUGCUGCUCCUCCAAACUCAUAGAGUGACCUCAUCAUGGCAGUAGAGGAGUCCGAGGACUGACAUGUCGAAAUGGAAAUGGGAAUGGGUGGCCACUAGGAAAUCCCACCUAUUGCGCUUGACAAAGUGGUCCUUCACUCUACGUUGGAACUAUAGAAGUCAGCUGGUGGUGUAGUGGCACCUGCACCUGACUUUCAAGGCGAGUGAUCCCCGGUUCAAAUCCAGCAGACUUCCUUGCACACUUUCCAUCCUUGCUGGGUUGAGCAACAAGCUAGCAACUCAGGCUUGUAAGAAAACAGCCAAAGGGCUAAAGAACUGGCAAGGUUGCCGCCGGAUGCAUCAAAAGGCGCGAACAGGAACAGCGAUACCCUAGAGGAAGCCAUAGGCCACACUGGAAUGGAAGAAGGGUCAUUCCUCCCCAUGGGAAUCAGACAGGAAUCUGGGAAGCCCCCACUCAGGAGUGGGGCAGGACCUGUGUGACUGCCCCAUGUGACUAACCCAGUGAUGGGUUAAAGAGUCUGCCA